AUGGGUGCCGAUGGUAACGUAGAAAUCAAGAAGAAGAAGAAGAAGGGCGUUCAAUUCGCACCAAUCGAAGAGAAAAAAUCCGACGAGCAGAAAGUUGGAAAUGAGAAAGUUUGCUCGCAAAUUUGACGAUGAGUAUAUUUUUAUAUUUUUCAGAAGAAGAACAAAAUCGUAACAGAAGUCGAGCAGUUGGAACCGAAAACCAAAAAAAGACGUAGAAGAGAACGCGUCAAGGGAUCUGAGUGGGUUUUUUUUUCUGUUUUUGAACUGAUUUUUAUUUUUUUUAAAGCAUGUUUUUGAUAAUCGUUUCAUUCCGACUUUUUUGUUCCAGAAAAAGAAGAAAACUUAUGGAGAGCCUAGUUGGACCAGAAGUGGAACGGCUUGAAUUUGAAGGAGAGAAAAAACAAUUCUCUGAUUUUGGACUGGAUGAAAGGAUUUUGAAGGUUGAGCCAUUUCUUAUAAAUACUAAAUAGGCAUAAAUGUUCAGGGAGUGGGGCAAAUGGGCUGGAAAGAUCCGACGCAAGUGCAGGAAUCGUUGGUGGGCCUGGCCCUCGAAGACAAAAACGUGAUGGCGCGAGCUCGCACAGGGAGUGGCAAGACGGGAGCUUUUUUGCUCCCUGUCAUUCACAAAAUGAUCGCUGCGUCAGCUGUAAGUUUAACCUUAGAUUUGAUGAAAAAAACAACUUCAUUCGCAGAACUUUGACGGUUCCAUCGGGCCGAUGGCUAUCAUUGUCGCACCGACCAAGGAACUCAUCACACAAGUUUGCCUUUUCUUUUUUUCUUGUAUCUGGAACAAACCUCAUUUCACAUGUUGGAAAGGGUCGAAAAAGGCUCAUAGAAAUGUUCCUUUUAGGGUGAGAAAAGUUCCUUUUUUGCUGCCUUUUUGCGCCAUUUCAUCGGCUCUUAUGCACUUUUUUGCUGCCUCUUCCUUUUUCCACCAAUUCUUGAGCCUUUAAAAUCCCAGAAAAAUGGAAGACUUGAUAAAGGGACUCUUUUUGCUGCCUUUUUCGAGCCUCUCCCUUUCAGCAGACAUUCUGAUUUUGCCAGAGAUUUUAGUUUGGCUGUUUUGAUAAAUUUAACUGAAGUACAGUUUAAGUUAAGAUUUUUAAUAAUAUUUCCAGGUUUUCAAACUUGCGCAGAAAAUAAUCGAGCCCCUUCCUUUCCUCCAAGCCUUGAACCUGUGCGAUUUCAACGAAGAGGAGAACUCCCUCUGGGUCGAAGUACUCAUCAUUAUUAUUUAUGUCCAAGUGCCGAUAAUAUUUCAAGGAUCAAUCGCAAAUCGUCGUGACGACGCCCGGGAAAUUGCUCAAAAUGCUGUCUCUGAGGAAGUCGUACUGUUCUCAACUGCGACACUUGGUUCUCGACGAAGCAGAUCUUCUUCUUUCCUUCGGUUAUGAGGACGAGAUGACGUGAGAGUUUCUCGGAAUCUGUUCAAAAAAGCAUAUUUUCAAAAACACUUUUUUUAAAGCUUUUUCUUACAGUGUGGUAGAAGCAGAAUAAAAUUAUUACUUACAAGGUAUGUCAUUAUACUUUAGGAAUUCACUGAAAAAUCUUUCAGAAUACUCCUCAGAAUACAUAAAAAGGAUUCUGAAAGCCUCAAAUUGCCCAACCUAGUUUUUGAGAAAUGAGGGUUUAAAGCCAAAGAAAACUUCGAAAUUAGUCAAAAAGGCCAUUUUUGGGGCUUUGAGCCCUUAUUUAUUGAAAACUAGGAAGUUGUGCAGAUUGAGAUUUUUAAGACCCUAAUUUGGUAUUUUAAUGGAGAUUGUGACAAAUUUUCAGAAAAUUCCUAGCCUCAAAGUAAAAUGACCUCUCUUGUUAGGAGAAAACGGUAUUUUCUAAAUUUCUUGUGAAAUGCUUUUUUUGCAAACAAAAAAAGAAGAAUAAGCUUUAAGGAAUUUUGAAGUAUUAAAUUUUUGAGGAAUCCGCGCUCAAGUAACAGGGGUUUGGACAGUUUGCGACAAAGAGUUCGAAAAUUUCAAUGUAAAAGUGCUUUUUGUCAGGUUGAUCCGAGCGAGUUUGCCGCCGAGCUAUCAAUGCAUUAUGACUUCGGCUACCCUGAAAGACGACAUGACCUCCCUGAAAAAGCUUUUCAUGACGGGACCUGUGGUCACGGUCAAACUGACGGUUCAUUUCGAAGCUUCCUCCUCUUCUUACUGGACAUUUUUGAGGAAGGAGAUCUGCCGAACGCCGACCAACUGAUGCAGUACCAUGUGACCUGCGAAAACGACGAACAGAGGUUCUCGAUCCUCGUGGCGAUGUUCAAGCUGAAGCUGGUCAUCGGCCGGACCAUCGUCUUCGUCAACAACAUCGACCGCUGCUACAAGCUCUCCCUGGUCCUCAGGGCUUUCGGCAUCAAGUCCUGCAUUCUCAACUCGGCGAUGCCGGCCAACAGCCGGUACCCUUUCAGUUUCUCCCGCUCUAUUCAACGUUUUCUUGAAGAUGUCACGUAAUCAAUCAGUUCAACGACGGAAUGUUCCCAGUCGUGAUUGCGUCGGAUGUGACGGACGCAGACGGAUCGCGACUCGCCGAUGCCGACGUUCAGCCUGAAUCUUCCAAGCCGAAGGUACAGUUCAUUUUGGAGAAACCAGAUUUAUUAUUUUUCUGAUAAUAUGGAAAGCGCAACGGACAUUUUAAUGCAAUGAAAGUCCAUUGAAGCACGUUUUUGCUGUGUUUUAUGGUUCUAGUGUAAGUUGAACAGUUAAAAUAGAAAAAAGUAGAUACCUUGAUCUUUAUUUUGUGAACGCUUUUUAAGCUUAUAAUCGAAUAAUAAAGUCAUUUUUGUACAUUCAGAUUUAAAAAAAAAAUUUUUCAGUGAAGGAAUUAUGAAAGUAUCAUUUGGGAAAGAUUUCCUAUUGAAAAAAAUUGUUUGACGGCUUUUGCAUCAAACCCCUCUAGGGACCACUUUACCAACCCCUAAAGGAAUUUUUAGGUGAUCCCUAUAAAGGCAAUCUUUAGAACCCUUUUAGGGUCCCCUUCAGGGACGGUUUUACCAACCCUUAGAAGGGUUAUUAAAGCUUGCGUAAGUGAUUGCUAUAGGGGUUUUAGUUAGUGUCCCCUAUAGGGGACAUGCGAAUCGAAAUUUUCAUGUACUCCAUGCUUUCCGUGCGAAAAACUGAAUAAAUAAGCGUUUUUUGAAUGGAAAUGGAAGGCCCCUAUAGGGACCACUCAAGCUUUAAAGACUGAGGGGUCAGACAAUAAACCCCAUAGGGGCCACCUUGAUUUUACCCCUAUCAGGACCUUUUCCGACCCCGAACCCCUAUAGGGACCAUUCCAAAAUUCCAAACUUUGACUUCCAGAGGAAAGGAGAGAAACUGGACCAAGAAGCAGGCGUCUCGCGAGGAAUCGACUUUCAUCAAGUCAGCAACGUCGUCAACUUUGAUUUCCCUCAGACGACGGACGCCUACAUCCACAGAGUUGGCCGGUAAGUUGAGAAGACGUUCACAAAACGUUUCUCGCUUCCAUUUCAGCACGGCGAGAGGUUUCAAUAAAGGUACGGCUCUAUCGUUUUGCACUCCCGAAGAGCGCGGAUAUUUGGAUGCGGUUCAAGCCGACAUCAACGAGCAAAGUACGUUGAAAAAAGGCCCUUGUUUGGUAAUAAUAAUAAACUUUGGUUCAGUGGGAAAGGAAGUUUUGACGCCCUACCAGUUCCGUAUUACCGACUUGGACAGUUUUGUUUUGAGGACCAGGGUGAUUGGAAAAAAAACUUCUCAAGACACCUCAAUUUUUUUAGGAAGCGUUAUCAAAGUGCUCAAAAGGUGUGAUCAAGAAAGCUCGGAUGAAGGAAAUCCGACAAGAGGUGAUUUUAUUCCUUAAGAAGUGAUAGUUUAACUGUAAGUUCCACCAUUUUUCGGAAUUUAAUCCUUGAUUUUCGCUGACUUCUGGCUUUCAGAUAAUGCGGUCGGCGAAUUUGCAAUCGUUUUUCGCGAAGAACGAACGCGAGAAACUCUUGAUGCAGACCGAUUGUCAUCCGAUUUCCCUCAAACUUCAGUCUCCUGCCAUAGCCGACGUGACCGACUAUAUGGGUAAGACGAUUCGACAGAUAUUUUCGCUUUUACUCGUUUUAAUAAUAAUAAUGAAUGAAUGAAUGUUUAUUUCGCUCACAGACAGAUCUGUUUAUUCAAUGCCAUUAUUUAAGAGAAAAUAUUUAAAACAUAAGUGAUUGCACAUAGGAAUUUCAGAGUGAUCCCUAUAGGGGUUGAGGGGAAAAAAACAGCCCCCAUAGGAGCCGAAAAAAAGCGGUCCCUGUAGGGGUAAAGACAAGAUGACUCCUAGAGGGGUUUAGGGUCUGAUUCUUUAGCCCCCUAAAGCUUAGGUGGCCCCUAUAGGGGUCUUUCAAUUUUAUUCAAAAAAAGCUUGUUUAUUUAUUUUUUUCGCAUAGAAAUGCUUCUUCGCAUAGAGCUCAUAAAAAUUAUCGAAAAAAAAGUCAAAUAAACUUUUUUCAAAUAUAGUGCUGAUAGUGUUUCUGAAUGGUUUUUACUGCAGUUCCUGAGGCGCUGAAAGGCAUCGAUUACUCGACUUCCACGAGAAGAAAAGGCAAACUUGGUCAACGGCACCGCAAAAAGACCAAAAUGGGCGCUCAGCAGAAGAAAUUCGUCCGGAAGAACAAAGAUCCUCUCCGCUCUUUCAAUAUUUAA